AUGGGGUUUAAAACAUAUAUUCGCCCAGUUAUAUGUGUAGAUGGAACCUUCUUGACUACUCGGUAUGGAGGUACUUUGUUAUGUGCCAUGGGACAAGAUGCUAACAAGCAAAUAUAUCUAAUUGCAUUUUCAGUAGUUGACUCAGAGAAUAAUGACUCGUGGUUGUAUUUUCUACUGAGGUUGAAGGAAGCGAUUGGUGAAGUGGAGAAUCUACGAGAGUUUUUACGCCAUUUUGAGAAGAUUAAAUUCAAAGAUCUUGCAAUUGCUCAAUACUUAGAGAAUCAAGUGGGUUUUGAAAAGUGGGCUCGUUCUUUCUUUCCUGGUCAUCGAUAUAAUUUAAUGACUACAAGUAUUGCCGAAAGCUGGAACAAUGUCAUUGCUGAGGCACAUGGGUGGCCAAUUACUUGUCUCAUGGAAUUUAUGAGGCACACUUUACAAAAAUGGUUUUUCGAGCGUCGAACUGCAGCAUCAGCGGCUACAAGUCCUCUUGCCACAGAAGUGGAAGCUGAUUUGCGAAAGUUAGCAGACAAGUCCACUACCUCGUUCUCUUUUCCGUCUAGUCAGUAUGAAAUAACAGUAUUGGAUGGUGAUCUUGAUGGAGAUGUCGACCUGAGGAGGAAAACAUGUAGUUGUAGAAGAUUUGAUUUGACAGGUCUUCCUUGUGAACACGCUCUAGCUGGUGCUCGAGAUCGUGGCAUUAGUCCAUAUGGUGGUUGA